AUGAUAGCCCCCACUAAACUUGCCCUCCAGCUCUCUAAGCCUGUUUCAGAGAGUCUAUCAGAUGCAAAUAACAUUAUCACUAGAACCUUCUGCCACGAAGUCCCCGAAAACAAGGUUGAAACUCGUUCAAAGUCAAAUUCGUCAAACGAUCCCAACCACUUCCUUGUUUGUUCAGGACUCAAGGUGAAGAAACCCUUUCUCUUCAGGCAAUCUUUGGCUGGUAAGCCUCAUUGUGAUCUCCAGAUGGUACUUUCCAACGCCAAACUUAAUGAACAAGGAGGUUCACAGCUCCAUCGAGUAAGCAGGAUUCAAAGGCAAGAGCAGAGGAAAAAGACUCUUCUUGCCAAAAGGCUAGUCGGGUGCUGGGGUUGUACCUUCAAGAAUUUGAAUAGCCAAUAUGUGGGAGCAAAAAAUCAAGCGCUAGCUCUAUUGCAGACUCCUACUGAUCAUAUGGCAUUGGUCAGAUCGAAUCAGCAGUACGACUUCAUUCGUCUCUUCAAGCUCUUCGAAUACUACCACACUUACUGGAAGCACAUUUCUUCUGUUUCUGAGGUGAUCGAAAAGAGCCAAACUUUCACUGCACCAGUUACUCAGUGUGUGCUUGUGGGAACGAAGAUUGUGUUUAAACCUUGGGCCGAAACGCCUAAUCCACGUCACACAUUCGACGACGAGCCAGAUUCGCCACCAUUAGUGCCGGAGGUCACGAAAUCCUUGACCACAUCAGAUCUACCAGAGACCAUCGUGAUCGUGCCCAAGAACAUUGGCGUGGUUCUCGAAUUAGUGCCCAACAAGAAUGUCGUGGGCCAUAUUGCCGUGGAGUAUCCGCAAUUGAAGGACAUCGUGCCCAACGAGGAGUACGACGAAGACUCCCAGCUCUACUCCGCUGUCAACCUUGAAGCGCUAGGGCGAAAAUUCAAGGCCGAGCAGAUCCCCAUUUACUCAUUUGGAGAAAGCGGCUCUGGCUUUGCCAUUAUCGUCCCCCACUUCAUGAACCCCAUUGCGGAAAACAAGGUUGCCAGCGAAAUCAUCAAAUUGGGCACCACCAUCACAUCAUGGAUUGCAUUGGCGCCUUCGCCACUCAAUAACGGAACCUCGCUAUGCAGACUAGACAUUGCCCUGUCGGUUGAUGCAUUCAAGCAGGUUCCAACCAUCAAGCCUCCUCAUUACACAACGGGCAUAGUUGCAGCGGUGACUUCUCGUUUAUUCCAGACCCGCCAAUUGGGCAAUGCUAAUGUUUUGGUGCUCAAUGCAGAGGGCCACCUGGGUUUUGAGAAGGUUGACGCUGACCUGGUCAUGGACGCUGCAGAACUCAUAGGUGGCUACCUUGUGGGCAAGCAGGGGAAAGCCAGUUAUAUCAAGCAGCUCAGUGCACAUGUCCGUAAGAUCAACUCGGGACUAACACUGGGCAUGUACUUGUGA